AGGGUUGUAUGUUGCCGUUAGUGCAGCCACUGUGCUUUCUCGUUUUUUUGCUCCUAAACUCUACAGUGCUGCCCUUAUACCCUGUCCACUUACUUCCAGGGAGCUUUGAGCUUUGGUUCUACGGCCAGUAACCGAGUUCCUGUAGCGGGAGAGGUGCAGUUUUAUUUAGGUAAUGGGCUGGGGGUCUUGUCAAACGGUGACACUUAACUCAGGAUAGAGUUGUAAGAAACCACUACUCGGCAGUACCUGUUCUCCGAUUCCCUAGAGAAUCCUGCCAGGGUUGAGGGAGUGUGAAGUCCCCCCCCCCCCCCGAAUGUGAGGAAGAGCCCACCAGCCUACUCCCAACAAUGCCUUCUAGCAGGACCGACUUCUGAGAGCUUUUGAAAAGUGUGAAGAAGGACUCUUGCCUUCCCUUAGCAGCCGUUAUGUCCGUGCCGGCUAUGCACUGUAAUAAAGCGAACAUGAGGAGGUUGACGAGCAGGCUGACUGUGGCUAGUAUUGGGGUACUCUGGAUUGUCGCCCUAAUUAUGUACUGGGGUAUGAAGAGAAACACGGAAACUGCAGAUUCCGAAGAACCAGUAAAGGCCUCAGAUGUAGACUGGGAUGACUUAUGGGACCAAUUUGAUGAACGAAAGUAUCUCUCUGCUCGGAAGUGGAAAGCGGGAGAGGAUCCUUAUAAACUCUAUGCGUUUAAUCAGAGAGAAAGUGAAAGAAUAUCAAGCAAUCGGGCUGUCCACGACACAAGACAUUACAGAUGUGCCACAUUGCUCUAUGGGGCAUCGCUACCUUCCACCAGUAUUAUUAUCACAUUCCACAAUGAAGCCAGGUCGACCCUUUUACGAACAAUAAGAAGUGUGCUAAAUCGAAGCCCUUUGCACCUUAUUCAUGAAAUUAUACUGAUUGAUGACUUCAGCAAUGACCCUGAUGACUGCCGUCUUCUGACGCAGCUUCCCAAAGUGACAUGCUUACGUAAUGAACAGAGGGAAGGUUUGAUCAGAUCACGAAUCAGAGGAGCAGAUGUGGCACAGGCCAGUGUUUUGACAUUCCUUGAUAGCCACUGUGAAGUCAACAAGGACUGGCUGCCCCCAUUACUCCAAAGGAUUAAGGAGGAUCCGACAAGAGUGGUCAGUCCUAUCAUUGACAUUAUUAACUUGGACACAUUUGCCUAUGUGGCAGCUUCUCCAGACCUGAGAGGAGGAUUUGACUGGAGUCUGCAUUUUAAAUGGGAACAGCUCCCUGCACAACAAAAGGCAGAAAGAGAUGACCCCACAGAGCCAAUUAAGACUCCAGUUAUUGCAGGAGGACUAUUUGUUAUUGACAAAUCCUGGUUCAACCAUCUAGGAAAGUAUGACAGUGAAAUGGAUAUAUGGGGAGGUGAAAAUUUUGAAAUAUCUUUGCGGACAUGGAUGUGUGGUGGAAGCUUGGAAAUCAUUCCUUGCAGCAGAGUUGGACACGUCUUCAGGAAGAAGCACCCUUACAUUUUUCCAGAGGGAAAUGCCAACACUUACAUCAAGAACACCCAGCGCACAGCUGAGGUAUGGAUGGAUGAAUACAAGCAGUAUUAUUAUGCUGCUCGACCUGCAGCCAGUGGACGAUAUUAUGGCAACAUUGAGAGCAGAAAAAAACUCCGAAAGACUCUGAAAUGUCAAACGUUCAAAUGGUACCUGGAGAAUGUGUAUCCUGAACUCAAAAUUCCAAAGGAACCAGACCCUCAGUCUGCAAUAAUCCGACAGAGACAGACAUGCCUAGAAACUCAUAAAGUGGAAGGUCAGGACGUUCCAGCUGUGAGAUUAGGUCCCUGUGUUGAAAUUAAAGCAGUGCCCACUGCAAAUCAGGAAUGGUUAUACACACAUAAGCAGCAACUUCAACAAACGCAGCUGUGUCUGUCUGUACUAACACUUUACCCAGGAUCGCAGGUGGUAUUGGCUGCAUGCAGUGAAGAAAAUGGAGCACAGAAGUGGAGGAAGAUGGGACCCCGCAUUGAGCAUAUGGCCUCUCGUUUUUGCCUGGACAGUGAUAUGCUAGGGGAUACAAUUGAAGGCAACAAGGAACUUUACAUUAACCCUUGUGAAAUCAUGGCUCUCAGUCAACGAUGGGAAAUACAGCUGUUGUGAGAACCUUUCAGAACACGUCCAUGGAAACAAAGAACUAGAUGGUGGUAUAUGUGCACAAACUGUGGAGCAGUACUUCACUGAAAUGCCGGUCUACAGUAGAAUACCAAAAAUGUGAAAAUACAACAACAUAAUUAUGAUGCAUUGCUUUUGUUUGUUAAUAUGCUCAGGGAAAGCCAGCAGCAGAGUUUAAUGCUACAAAUUAAGGCAUUACUAAAAUGAACUUGUUCUGAUGUUAUUUUACUCACGUUAGAAGCAGCAUAUUGUUGCAAUAAGAAAAAAAAUGUACUUUAUCUGAGUUUUUUACCUGAAGCAGUUUUAUGCAACUUCAUGCACCAAUAGCUGAUGGCUGUUAUAGUUCCUAGAAAUAUUUUGAAAAACAGUUUUUACUUUGCACAUUUUCAUAUUUCACAUUUCUAUGUACAUUCAAACAGAAUGACAUUUGUUCUUUCUGUAGUUUUAGUUUUUCAUUUUUUUCACUUUGAAUUUUUAACUGCAGUGACUAUCAGUACUGUCUAGUAAAGUAGACGUUUGACAGUGCUUAUUUGUUUAGGAUUUUGAUGCAACAACCUGAGUGUUUCCAUCAGGAAAUCUCUUUUCCAGAUUGCGUGAUUUUGCUUGUAACAUAAAUUUAUAAGAACAGGAGACAAAUAGGCAUGGUUAGGAGCAGUUGUGAGAAUAUAUGCAAUUUUCUUCAAUUUUUACCAUUCUUUAGGCAGUGUGAUAUGCAUAGUUUAUCCCUGACAGAUAUGCAUAAGCCACAAUACAGACAGCAAAGGUAAAAGCACCUUGUAAAAGAAUAAAAUACUGCAGAAUUGAACACAGGCUCAGUAACCCAGCUUUGUUCUUUUGCAUGUAAAUGCUUUGUUAAAAUAUGCUUUUGUAAGACUACAUUGCAAAAGAAAAUUCUGUGUAAAAUUGCACCUUAAAUGAGCAAAAAGAUGUGUUGAAUCACUUUUCCAUUCAUACUUUGUCAUAUGUAGUUAAAAAUAGAAUAGAUAAAUAACUACACAUCCUUGCAUUGUGAAACUGCAUUGACAUAUGCCUAGUUAUUUAGCACCUGAGCAAAACUAUGCUGUUGUUUCUCUAAUUCUGUACUGUCAAAAAGCACAUAUGAUAAUAGCAUUUCUCAGGGAAUGCAGUUUCAUUUUGCUCAGAUUCUUUUUUAUCUUGUAAUUUUCCUACCUCUAUGUUGUAGCUACUUUUCUGUCAUAUGUCCUAAUGUGUGCAGUGAGGUUAAAGAGGCAGCAUUUCUGUGCAGACAGCUAUGUAAUAUAACAUGAAAAGUGUGAGGCUGCAAGUCUGUGCAAAUAACUAAGGUAAUAUGAAAAGUGGUACAAUGGGUAUAUGAUGGACACAGAUUUUCCAAGGUAUAUUGGAACCCAUAAACAGCAAGAAAUAAUGUCUGCUGAUACAAGCAUUAAAAACAGCUGCAAAAGCUCUUCAUAUGUAUGACACUCACAGCACCUUCAUGUCUUGUCGCGAGUACAACUUCCUGUUUUUUUUUUUCACAAAAUACCAUCUUUCACCUGAGAUCAUAGGAAUUGCUGUUCUUCUCACCACAAUCCCUGUUAUUCUCAAAAUUUUGGCAUAUUAAAAAAUGCUGUGACUGAUGAUGUGGAAGAUACCUCACCUGUAAGGAGGCAUUUU